UUCACAUCCUCGGAACGACGUCCUUAGUCAGCCAUGGGAGAUCUCCAAGAAACGGUGACGGUAUACCGAGAUCCAGAUAGAUAUCGAAGGAAUUCGUAGUAACUAUCGUUCCCGUUGCUUAAUCAAUCAUUGGAUCGACUGGUCAAUUAAUUGAGGACCUAAUUUGACCCUCCGACCCAUAGAUCUCUCAGUCCGCGGGACCAACCAUCCCUUGGCAUUGUUUUUCCCGCCCAAAGUUCGUUCCUCAGCAACCUCACCUCCGCAUUCGAUAUAUCCACGAUCUUAAGAACCCACCGCCAACUCCACCUCCCCUCCCAUCCAGCGAUACAAACCACCACCACCUCACCCUCAACUCCACCUCCCACGACAACACUCCACGCAAAACGCACAACACACCCACGCCCCCUCCGGCACCACACCCCCAUCCUCCCUCCAACAUCCAUCCCCAAAACCAUGGCCGACCUCGACCAACCAACACCCCUAACGUCCUCCUCCCUCACCCUCCCCUCAGACAGCGAAACCUACCUACACUCGCCCCCCGCGUCGCCCUCGCCCGCCCCCUCAACCACAACCUCCUCCUCGCCACUAAUCCUCUACAAGCCCCCGACGCUAUGGGGCCUCCUCCGCGGCGCGGCGAUAAACCUCCUCCUGCCCUUUGUGAACGGGUUGAUGCUCGGGUUCGGUGAACUGAUUGCGCAUGAGGCGGCGUUUCGGUUGGGGUGGAGUGGUACGAAGAUCUUCCCGGUGCAUCGAAGCGGCGCGCAUAGUUUGGGCCCAGGGGUCGAGGCGAGACCGGAUCCUGUGGAGAGGAAGAGGAGGAGCGGGCAGGAGUUGGAUAUGUACACUGCGUUGGAGUGAUUAUGACACGAAGGGGGGUUUGGUUGUCAAGGUUUCGGUAUGUGGGAGAUGAGGAGGGGAUGUCAGACGAUUGUCUCUUGCUGGCCUAGCAUGGCCUGGAGAGGCAGAGGGAGAGGGGAGGAUUGUAUAUAGACGGGGAGGGAGUAUCUGGGAAAAAAAUAAAUGGCAUCGCCACUUCGGUGGGAAUUCAUGGCUGGGAAGCGUGUGGUGUGUAGGAUCUUUCGAUCCAUGAUAAUGGGGUCGAAGUAAGAAAAAAGGGUAAUGGGAAAAGCAAUAUACUGAGAGACCGCAAUAU